AUGGAAAGAUACGUCUCUGCCGUCCGCAAGAUGGAACAAACGGUGAUGUUUCCCAGCCUCCUCCUCGGAGUCUCCUUGGAAGACCAGGCUGAAACAUUCGAGACCAACUCGAGCAACGAAGACUCCAGCGAGAGAGACCUGUAUGAAGACUACACUCUGCUAAAAUCCAUCAAGGGGAGGGCAGAGGGUGGCUUAGCACCUCUUGACUUCCAGAAUCCCAGCCUCAAGGAAGAGGAGAGCAAGGAGAAGGCUGAUCUGGAAGAUCUCUUCCAUUACCACGUGUCCGGCUUGCACCGCGUCCUCACCCAGCUGACGAGGAGGGCCAACGCUGUGACUUCCAAAUAUAAUGAAAUCAUGGGGCAGAUCAACCAGAACGAAAUCUCUCUCCGCUGGUGAGACACACGCCAAGGACACCAAAGGACAACCUGAAUUUCUGAACCUGCACAUGUGUACAACUUGGGUCCUCUGUCUGAGGCUGUACAAAGGAGGCUCUUAACGGACAAUCUAGAGACCUUGACUGCAGCACCUACCCCACAACGUUGUGUAGCAUGGACUUUACUUGAAUAAGCCAAGCACUGAUAUUU